AUGCCUCUGCCCGGCCACCUCCUGCCGGCCUUGGUCCUGCUGCUGGCUGGGCCCCUAGGCUGGGCCUGGAUCCCCAACAACUGCAGGGUCCCCCGCGAGGCCACGUGCAACUUCGUGUGUGACUGUCCAGGCUGCUCCGAGGAGACCCAGUGUGGUUACCACAGAGCCUCGCCCGCCCUGGGCGCCCCCUUCGCCUGCGACUUCGAGCAGGACUCCUGCGGCUGGCAGGACAUCAGCACCUCAGGCUACAGCUGGCUUCGAGACCGGGCGGGAGCCGCAGUGGAGGCUCUGGGGCCGCGCUCAGACCACACUCUUGGCACGGACCUUGGCUGGUACAUGGCUGUUGGCACCCACCGUGGGAAAGAGGCCUCCACUGCAGCCGUGCGCUCCCCCGUCCUGCACAACGCAGCCCCCACCUGUGAGCUGAGGCUCUGGUACCAUGCAGCGUCUGGAGAUGUGGCUGAGCUGCGGCUAGAGCUGACACACAGGGCCGAGACCUUGACCCUGUGGCAGAGCUCUGGGCCCUGGGGCCCAGGCUGGCAGGAGCUGCUGGUGACCACUGGCCGCAUCCGGGACGACUUCCGGGUGACCUUCUCUGCCACUCGAAAUGCCACCCACAGGGGCACCGUGGCCUUGGACGACGUGGUCUUCAGGGGCUGUGGGCUGCCCGCUCCCCAGGCACACUGCCUCCUAGGGCAUCACCACUGCCAGAACAUGGGCUGUGUGGAGCCCCACCAGCUGUGUGACGGGGAGGACAACUGUGGGGACAGCUCGGACGAGGACGGACCGGCCUGCCGCCACCACACGGCCACAGACUUUGAGACAGGCCUGGGCCCGUGGAACCCCUCGGAGGGCUGGGCCCGGAACCACAGCGCCGGCGCCAGGCCCGCAGCCUGGCCCCGCCGCGACCACAGCCGGAACAGCGCGCACGGCUCCUUCCUGGUCUCCGUGGCCGAGCCCAGUGCUCCCGCUGUCCUCUCCAGCCCUGAGUUCCAAGCCUCAGGCGCCCACAACUGCUCGCUAAUCUUCUAUCACUACCUGCAUGGGUCCGAGGAUGGUUACCUCCAGCUGUUCCUGCAGACCCAGAGCCCGGGCUCCCCCCAGGGCCCCGUCCUGCUGCGCAGGCGCCAUGGGGAGCUGGGGGCCGCCUGGGUCCGAGACCGGGUUGACAUCCAGAGCGAGCACCCCUUCCGGAUCCUGCUCACUGGGCACACGGGCCCGGGCGGCGUCGUGAGCCUGGAUGACCUCAUCCUGUCGGACCACUGCCAGCCAGUCCCAGAGGGGCCCAGCCCGCCUGUUGGACUCUGGGCCCCCGCCCCCCAGCCCCAGGACUUCUGCGAGCCAGGACAUCUUUCCUGUGGGGACCUGUGUGUCCCCCCGGAGCAGCUCUGUGACUUCCAGCACCGCUGCCCCUCAGCACUGGCUACCGUUCCAGGCAGCACAGACUUCGAGCCCCCCACGGCCGGGGGCUGGGAGGAUGCCAGUGUGGGGCGGCUGCAGUGGGGGCGUCUCCGCGCCCAAGAGAGCAGAGACCCUGGCUCGGAUGCCGGCGGCGCUGCUCCUGGGCACUUCCUGUCCUUGCAGAGGGCCUGGGGACAGCUGGCGGCAGAGGCCCGGGUCCUCACUCCUCCCCUGGGCCCCUCCGGCCCCCGCUGUGAGCUCCGCAUGGCUUACUAUUUCCACAGUUACCCCCAAGGCUUCCUGGCCCUGGUCGUGGUGGACGGCAGCAGGCGUGAGCUGGUGUGGCAAGCCCCGAGCGGCAGCAGGGGCUGGAAGGUGGACACAGUCCUUCUCGGGGCGCGCCGCCGGCCUUUCCGGCUGGAGUUUGUUGGCCUGGUGGACUUGGACGGCCCCGGCCAGCAGAGAGCUGGAGUGGAUAAUGUGGCCUUGAAGGACUGCAGCCCCGUGACCGCCACGGAGAAGGACUCAGAGGUCUCCUGUAACUUUGAGCGGGACACUUGCGGCUGGCACAGCGGCCACCUCACAGAUGCCCACUGGCGCCGGAUCCAGAGCCAUGGCCCCGGGUACGACCACACCACGGGCCAAGGUUACUUCUUGCUCCUGGACCCCAUGGACCCCCCGGCCCGGGGCCCUGGUGCCCACCUGCUCACCCAGCCCCAGGCCCCAGCAGCCCCUCAGGAGUGUCUCUCCUUCUGGUACCACCUCCACGGGCCCCAGAUCGGGACACUGCGCCUGGCAGUGAGGCGGGAAGGGGAGCCAGAAACCGUCCUGUGGUCACGGACCGGCGCCCAUGGCAACCGCUGGCUCGAGGCCUGGGCCACCCUGCACCACCAGUCAGGCUCUGGCGCCAAGUACCAGCUGGUGUUCGAGGGCCUCCGUGACGGCUACCACGGCACCAUGGCACUGGACGACGUGGCCGUGCGGCCCGGGCCCUGCUGGGCCCCCAGGCAGUGCUCCUUCGAGGACUCGGCCUGUGGCUUCUCCAGUGGGGGCCAAGGCCUCUGGACACGCCAGGCCAAUGCCACGGGCCACGCCUCCUGGGGCCCCCGCACUGACCACACCACAGAGACGGCUCAGGGGCACUACAUGGUGGUGGACACGAGCCCACAGGCCCUGCCCCGUGGCCACGUGGCCUCCUUGACCUCAGAGGAGCACCCACCUCUGGCCCAGCCUGCCUGCCUGAACUUCUGGUACCACCUGAGCCUCAGAAACCCAGGCACCCUGCAGGUCCACGUGGAGGAGGCUGAGAGGCAUCAGGUGCUCAGCGUCCGUGCCCACGGAGGGUUUGCCUGGCGCCUGGGAAGUGUGGAUGUGCAGGCUGAGAGAGCCUGGCGGGUGGUGUUUGAGGUGGUGGCCGCCGGCGUGGAGCACUCCUAUGUUGCGCUGGACGACCUGCUGCUCCAGGACGGGCCCUGCCCCCGGCCAGCUUCCUGUGACUUUGAGGCCGGCCUGUGUGGCUGGAGCCAUCUUCCCUGGCCCGGCCUGGGAGGGUAUAGCUGGGACUGGAGCAGUGGGGCCACACCUUCUCGCUACCUCCAGCCCCCUGUGGACCACACUCUGGGCACAGAAGCAGGCCACUUCGUUCUCUUUGAAACGGGCGUGCUGGGCCCAGGGGGCCGGGCAGCCUGGCUGCGUAGCCAGCCUCUGCCCCCCACCAAGGCCUCCUGCCUCCGCUUCUGGUACCACAUGGGCUUUCCAGAGCACUUCUACAAGGGUGAGCUGAGGGUGCUCCUCAACAGCGAGCGGGGCCAGCUGACCGUGUGGAGCACGGGCGGGCCCCUGCGGCACCAGUGGCUGGAAGGCCGGGUGCAGGUGGCCAGUGCUGAGGAAUUCCAGGUCGUGUUUGAAGCCACUCUAAGCGGCCAGCCAGCCCUGGGGCCCAUUGCCCUGGACGACGUGGAGUAUCUGGCUGGGCAGCACUGCCAGCCGCCCACAUUCAGCCAGGGGGAAACGGCACUGGCCACGUCGGUGCCAACCGUGGUCGGCAGCACCCUCCUGGCCCUCGUCCUCCUGGUGCUGCUUGGACUCGGGGGACGGCACUGGUUGCAGAAGAAGGGGGGCUGCCCGUCCCGGGGCGAGACGGCGGCCACGGCCCCGGGCUUCGACAACAUUGUCUUCAAUGCGGAUUGCGUCACCCUGCCAGCUUCGCUCUCUGGCCACCAGUAG